AUGGGAAACAGAUCCACCGUUUUGAUCAUGCUUCUUAUUCUUUGUCAUGGUGUAUCCAUGACAAUGGGAAUAUGUGAUGUAGAAGAUCAAGUAGAUAAUUCUUCAAAGUCAGACAAAUUGUUCUUGUUGGAAAAUUCGAAGAGUAUGGUGAAGACUGAUGCAGGAGAAAUGAGAGUUUUGGAGGGUUAUGGUGGUAGAAUUUCUGACAGACGUUUGCACAUUGGUUUCAUUGAUAUGGAACCAAACUCACUUUUUGUUCCUCAAUAUCUUGAUUCCACUCUCAUCUUAUUUGUCCUUUCAGGAGAAGCAAAGGUGGGAUUCUCGUAUGAAAAUAAAUUGGCGGAGAGGAAAUUGAAGAAGGGAGAUGUGUAUCAAAUUCCAGCUGGUUCUGCAUUCUAUUUGUCUAAUACUAAGGAUUCUAAAAAGCUUCAUAUUAUUUGCAGCAUUGACCCCUCUGAGAGUUUAGGACUGGGCAUUUUCCAGUCUUUCUAUAUUGGAGGAGGAUCCAAUCCAGUGUCAGUACUUUCCGGAUUCCAGCCUGAAGUCCUUGAAUCCGCUUUUAAUGUAUCGGAAUCAGAGUUGAAGAAACUUUUCACUCAACAACAUGAGGGUCCAAUUGUGCACGUAGGCCAUUCACAUUCCAAAGCCUCAAGCUUAUGGACCAAAUUCCUUCAACUAAAAGAGGAUGAAAAACUGCACCACAUGAAGAAAAUGAUGCAAGAUCAAGAAGAUGAAGUUGAUAUUGAAGAAGUAGAGAAAAAAGCAAGUUGGUCUUGGAGGAAGCUAUUGGAAUCUGUAUUUGGUGAUGAGAUAGAAAACAAGAAAAGAGACAAUGUUGCCCAUAAAUUACCUCAUUCUUGCAAUCUCUAUGACAGAAAACCAGAUUUCAAAAAUAGUUAUGGUUGGAGCGUUGCUCUAGACGGUUCCGAGUAUUCUCCUCUCAAAAGUUCCGGCAUUGGCAUUUAUCACGUCAAUCUCAAACCGGGAUCGAUGAUGACACCACAUGUAAAUCCAAGGGCAACCGAAUAUGGCAUAGUAGUAAAAGGUUCAGGUAGAAUUCAAAUAAUAUUUCCAAAUGGAACCAAUGCAAUGGACACAAGUAUAAAAGAAGGAGAUGUUUUCUUUGUACCAAGAUACUUUGCAUUCAGUCAAAUAGCAUCAAGUAGUGAACAACUAGAUUUCUUUGGAUUCACAACUUCUUCAAAGAAGAACAAGCCACAGUUUUUGGUAGGUUCUACAUCACUUAUGAAGACAUUGAUGGGACCUGAACUUGCAGCUGCUUUUGGUGUGAGUGAAGAUACAAUCAAAAACAUCCUUAAUGCACAACAUGAGGGUGUUAUAAUUCCUACACAAAGGGAUACACUUGUGGAAACGAAUUGUAAAAAGAAUGAGUUGAAUUUUUUGGAGAUGGUUCCUAAGAUAGAAACAAUCAUGACAUGA